AUGUCUCCUUACCAAUUGGUGUUUGGGAAAGCUCACUAUCUCCCGGUAGAGCUUGAGCAUAAGGCAUUGUGGGCCUUAAAGAGGUUGAAUCUAGAUUGGGUUGAUACCUCAAAGUUGAUAUCGGAUCAACUAAAUGAGCUGGAUGAAUUCCGUUUUAGAGCAUAUGUUAGCUCUUCCCUAUACAAGGCCCGCAUGAGGCAUCAUCAUGACAAGAAGAUUUUGAAGAGAGAGUUCACUCCUGGGGAUCGUGUGUUGCUGUUCAAUUCAAGACUCCUGUUAUUUCCCGAAAAGUUGAAGUCAAAAUGGUCAGGACCUUUUGAAUUCACCCAAGUGUUUCCACAUGGAGCAAUUGAAAUUGUGUGCCCAAGUGGUAAUAGCAUCAAGGUGAAUGGGCAAAAGGUGAAGCACUACCUGGGCUUCCCCAAUGAAGCAAAGAUUAUUGAGGUCAUCUUCCUCAAUAAGCCAUGA